AAAAAAUAAAUAAUAAAUCUUUUGCUGAUAAAAAAUAAAUAACAUAUAUAUAUAUAUAUAUAUAUAUAUAUGUAUAUAUAUAUAUAUAUUGCCUUAAUUCAAUCUCGCAUCAACACUCUAGUCCGCUAGUCGCUGGGUCACAACUCAGUCAUAUUAGUGAACGACAUUAGGAGGAGAAUGAAAGAUAAUGAUAAAUGAUAAUGCAGAAGCUUAGCAGACAAUGGAGAAAAUCUGAUUACGACGAGGACGAUAAAUUCACCUUGCCAACUCGCGAUGAUUUUCGUCCCAUUGAUUCCCAAGAACAAGAGGAAUUGGUUCGAUCUCUCGAGAAAGUUCAAACCCAGCAAUCUCUUCUCUGGAGGGCUGUGUUCUCAGGGCUACUCUUGUGUUAUGUGGCUUUUCUUCUAUAUUCAAUCUAUCAACAGGCCUAUUAUCCCUGGGAAUUGCGAUAUCAUGCUUACUUCAUAUAUGAAGUUGACGCGUGGACCAUCAUUGCUGCAGAUUGGGCAGCUAUUUUGGCAUGCUUAAUGACCAUAAAGGGAUUAUUGCAUGAAGCAAAUUAUUGUAAGAGGUGGCUAUGGUCUUCGUGCUGCAUUGGCAUGAUAGUGGCAGUGUUUUGGUUGCAUCAUAUGCUAAGGUUGGCAAGGUUUAGAUGGGAUAUUCUAUGGCUACCAUUAGGGCCCCUUAGUGGAGCUGGAGUCUGUAUUUAUGUAGACUAUUUACUAACUGUGUCAUCCGAAGAAGUACGGAAACUUAGAGGAUAUAUGUAUGCGUAUAAAGCCAGGUAAGAGCAUAGAGAAUGUAUGUAUGCGGCCUUAAAGCCCGUAAGAGCAUUGCCCAAAUCGAAUUUUAAUACUCAGUCUAGUUCCAUUAUAGUUUUCUCUCUUUAUUUUUCUUGGGGUACGAUGGCUACUGUAAAGUUCAGUGUUUGAAACGAAGGGGCUGAAGUUAGUGGGCAGAGCUCCUCUAAUCCACUCUUCUUUCCCCAAGAAGCGACUUCUAUAUGUUCAUUUGAUAUAUCACUAUAAAUCUUUGUUCCUAGCACUGAUAGAAAAACAUUGGUUUUGGUGGAAAUUUUUGUUCC